GCUCAGUGUCCAUAUUAGAGACAUCCGACUUUUAGGAGAAUGUCCCGUCACAUGCACACCGGAGAUGUGGAGGUGAGGCAGCCUCUUCUCACCAGAGAUCACCUGGAUCCGAGCGUGCUGGACUCAGAUGAAGGUGAAGUGAUUUUUGACAGAAGGACAUCAGUAAUCCCGCUUGAUGCUUGUGGGAACAUUAAAAAACUUACUUAUGAGGAAGCAGUGGAAGAAGCAGGUUUUGGUUUAUUCCACUGGCUGCUGCUGGUCGUGUGUGGCUGGGCCAAUGCCAGCGAUGCCGUGGAGAUUCUUAGUGUAUCCUUUCUCCUGCCGACGGCGCGCUGCGAUCUGCAGCUCAGCUCCUCCAACAUGGGUCUACUCACCGCCAGCAUUUUCCUUGGAAUGAUGGUGGGUGGCUACAUGUGGGGAUAUCUUGCUGACCAGAGGGGGCGUCGCCAGGUCCUGGUUGUCUCCCUAACGGUCAACGGACUGUUUGGAGGUCUGGCCAGCCUGGCCCCGUGGUUCUGGCUCUUCCUGCUGCUGCGGUUCAUCAGUGGCAUUGGGGUUGGCGGGUCGAUCCCUGUCAUCUUCUCCUACUUCUCAGAGUUUAUGCCUCGUUUGAAGAGAGGUGCGAUGAUCAGCGCCCUGGCCACCUUCUGGAUGGCGGGAAAUAUCUUGGCUGCAGGUCUGGCCUGGAUGGUGAUUCCCAAAACUUGGGCACAUGUCUCUUUGGGAGCUCUGGACUUCCAGAGCUGGAGGGUGUUUGUGGUGCUGUGUUCAGUUCCCAGCAUCACCUCAGCUCUCCUCUUCAGGCUGCUCAUGCCUGAGAGCCCAAAGUUCCUCAUGGAGGCUGGUCGGGAGAAAGAGGCAAUCCAUGUCUUCAGACUGAUGUUUGAUCUGAACAUGAAAGGAAAAGACAAAACUUUAUCGGAAUUCAGCCUGUGCACAAGCUCCAAGCAAAGAGGGGAGUUGGAGGAAAUCCGAGCUCAAGGUUCACAAGCAAAAUGUCUCACCAGAAUUUUGAAAAAGGGUUUUGUGCCUAUCAAGCAGAUGUUUGGUGGUCCUCUCAAAACCAGAAGCUUCACCCUGCUCAUCAUCUUCUAUUGCAUCUCCUUUGGCUACUAUGGUCUGUGGAUGUGGUUCCCUGAGUUAUUUGCCAGAAUUGAAAAUGGCGGCUCGCCAUGUGCCAACCUGUCCCUCCCGUCUCCACUCCACAACCAGAGCUGCUACCCAGUCAAAACUGCAGUGUACAUCGAAGGCUUCGUCAUCGCCGCGUCGAACCUACCAGGCAACAUCUUCACCAUCCUCAUGAUGGACAGCACAGGAGGAAAGGCACUGCUUUCCGGCAGUCUGAUGGUGUCCAGUUUGAGCGUCUUCCUUAUCUACAUGGUUCAGACCAAAACUCAGAGUCUGGGCCUGUCCUGCGUCUUCAGCGGGGUUUCUGUGAUCGCCUGGAACGCCCUGGAUGUGGUGGGGACUGAGCUCUAUCCGACCCAGCUACGGUCUUCUGCUCUUGGUUUCUUCACAGGAGUGGGGCGAGUGGCAGCUAUCAUGGGAAACAUCGCCUUUGGAAAGUUGGUAGACACAAACUGUGCCAUUCCCAUCCUGGUGGUGUCAGCCCUGCUGCUGACCGGAGGACUGGUGGCUCUUCUGCUCCCACAAACCAGACAGGCAGAGCUCACUUAAUUACUCAUAUUUAUUUUAGACAAAGAAGCCAAUCAAAAAACGUGAUCUAGACAUCCUCGUGGAAGCAGGUUGGGGGGGUCUGCCACCUUUAAAGUUCUCAGAACCUUUACAUUUGUAACAUUUCAAGUAUUUUCUGCCAUCUCUCUGUGCCUUAUGCUGCCUCAUUUAAAAUGCCAAUGAGCAAAAAUGGUAAAAAAAAGUAAUAAUAAUAAAAAAAAAAAAGUCAUUUUGAUCUCUAUGCCUUCCAAGAAGUUUGAGACAGGAAGUCAGAGACAGAUGUGCAAGU